CCGCCCAUACCAGUCUGGCCUGGAGCUGAGGUGUCCUGGUCGCCUGCACGCGCACAGCCUGUCCUGGUGCCCCGGUGCCCCAACCAGGUCUGGUCAUGUCCCUGCGUCCCUUGCUCUGGCCGCUCCGGCUGCUGCUGCUGCUGCUGCUCAAUGGGGCGGUGUGCCGAGCUGAGGCUGGGCCAGAAACUGAAAGUCCUGUCCGGACCCUCCAAGUGGAGACCCUGGUACAGCCCCCUGAAUCGUGUACAGAAUCCGCUGCCUUUGGAGACACGCUCCACAUCCACUACACGGGCAGCUUGGUAGACGGACGCAUUAUUGAUACCUCUCUGUCUAGAGAUCCUCUGGUGAUAGAACUUGGCCAAAAACAGGUGAUUCCAGGUCUGGAGCAGAGCCUUCUGGACAUGUGUGUGGGAGAGAAGCGAAGAGCAGUCAUCCCUUCUCACUUGGCCUAUGGAAAGCGAGGGUACCCGCCAACCAUCCCAGCGGAUGCAGUGGUCCAGUUUGAUGUGGAGCUGAUUGCAUUGUUUCCAGCCAACUACUGGCAAAAGCUGCUGAAGCGCUUUUUGCCUCUGGUAGGCAUAGCUAUGGUGCCCGCACUCCUGGGUCUGAUCGGGUAUCACCUAUACAGAAAGGCCAGCAGACCCAAAGUCUCCAAAAAGAAGCUGAAAGAAGAGAAACGAAACAAGAGUAAAAAGAAAUAAAUAGUGAUCUUUAACAAAA